AACUGGACGCGCAGAUGACGUAGGCGUUAUUCCUCCGCUGUAAAAACAAUUCAAGGGCGCUUUUUGGGACAUCAAACAACAGCAAGGCAAUGAAUUGGAAUAAAGGUGGUCCCGGUGUGAAGCGUGGCUUUGGCUUUGGGGGCUUUUCCCUCGGAGGCGGGAAAAAAGAGGAAUCAUCACUCCCCCAGAAAUCCCACGGGUCGUUCAAGCCACCAGGAUCAAGCGGCAGCGGCUACGGGAAGGGCCAAUUGCCAUCUUUCUACAAAAUUGGUACCAAAAGAGGCAAUUUUGACGAGGAGAAUGCGUACUUUGAGGACGACGAGGAGGAGUCCAGCAGCAACGUGGACCUGCCGUACAUCCCGGCAGAAAAUUCACCCACACGGCUGCAGAUGAAGUCUGGCGGCGGCUCAGACAGCGAUGACGAUCCCCUUGAUGCCUUUAUGGCUGAGGUUGAAAACCAAGCGGCAAAGGACAUUAAGAAAAUCGAGGAAAAGUCGGCCAAGGGUAUUCGCGAUGACAUUGAAGAAGAAGAUGAACAAGAGGCCUACUUCCGCUACAUGGCCGAGAACCCCACCGCCGGCCUGACGCCGGAAGAGGAGGAGGAGAACGUGGAGUAUGACAGCGACGGCAACCCCAUUGCCCCCGUCGCCAAGAAAAUCAUUCUGCCCCUGCCUCCUAUUGACCACUCUGAGAUUGAUUACCCGCCGUUUGAGAAAAACUUCUACAAUGAGCACGAGGAGCUGAACAGCCUGACUGGAACUCAAGUGGUCGAACUACGGCAGAAGCUCAACUUGCGAGUGUCUGGCGCCGCGCCGCCUAAACCAUGUACGAGCUUCGCCCACUUCAGCUUUGACGAGCAGUUGAUGCAUCAGAUCCGCAAGUCCGAGUAUACUCAGCCCACUCCCAUCCAGUGCCAGGGCGUGCCAAUAGCUCUGUCAGGCCGCGACAUGAUAGGCAUCGCGAAAACCGGCAGUGGCAAAACAGCGGCAUUUAUCUGGCCCAUGUUGGUGCACAUCAUGGACCAGAAGGAGCUGGAGCCCGGGGACGGGCCCAUUGCCGUCAUCGUGUGCCCCACCAGGGAGCUCUGUCAGCAGAUCCACGCUGAAUGCAAGCGCUUCGGCAAAGCGUACUCUCUGCGCUCAGUGGCGGUGUACGGAGGAGGCAGCAUGUGGGAGCAGGCCAAAGCUCUGCAGGAUGGCGCAGAGAUUGUGGUGUGCACCCCGGGUCGUCUGAUUGACCACGUUAAAAAGAAGGCCACAUCUCUCCAGAGAGUGUCGUACCUCGUGUUUGAUGAGGCAGACCGCAUGUUUGAUAUGGGCUUUGAGUAUCAAGUUCGAUCCAUCGCCAGCCAUGUGCGUCCUGACAGACAGACACUUUUGUUCAGUGCCACCUUCCGGAAGAAGAUCGAGAGGCUGGCCAGGGACAUCCUGAUGGAUCCCAUCCGCGUGGUGCAGGGAGAUAUUGGAGAGGCCAACGAGGACGUUACACAGGUGGUGGAGAUGCUGCCGAGUGGCACGGACAAGUGGAGCUGGCUGACGCGGCGCCUGGUGGAGUUUACGUCCAGCGGCUCUGUGCUGAUCUUCGUUACAAAGAAGGCCAAUUCGGAGGAACUGGCCACCAACCUGACGCAGGAGGGCUACAGCUUGGGCUUGCUGCACGGCGACAUGGACCAGAGCGAGAGGAACAAGGUCAUCAGCGACUUCAAGAAGAAGAACCUGCCCGUCCUGGUGGCCACCGACGUCGCCGCCCGUGGUUUGGAUAUCCCGUCCAUUCGCACAGUCGUCAACUACGACGUGGCGCGGGACAUCGAUACACACACGCACCGCAUUGGCCGGACGGGUAGAGCUGGCGAGAAGGGCGUGGCCUAUACCCUGCUGACCAACAAGGACACCACCUUUGCCGGGGACCUUGUGCGCAACCUGGAGGGUGCAAAUCAGAGCGUCUCCAAAGAACUGAUGGACUUGGCCCUACAGAAUCCAUGGUUUAGGAAGUCCAGAUUCAAAGGUGGUAAAGGAAAGAAGCUGAACAUCGGCGGAGGAGGACUUGGUUACAGAGAGAGACCAGGAUUGGGCGCUGACACCUCUGAUCGCAGCAGCACAAGCAGCGUGUUGGCUUCUUUGAGCGGCUAUGACAAACCUAGUAGCGGGGCCAUGGGAGACCGCAUAUCUGCCAUGAGGCAAGCCUUCCAGGCUCAGUACAAGAGUCACUUUGUGGCAGCGUCCGGCAACCCGCCCAAGCUUAGCGCCAAGUCCAGCAGCUCGUCCGGCUGGACCAGCGCUGGCAGCCUGAGCUCUGUGCCCACCGAGUCGCCCAGCGGCGCAGAGCGGGCCCAGGCCGUCGCCGCCUCUUUCGCCCUGCCGGGCUUCACCAGCGCCGGCUCCCUAAGCACUGUGUCCACCGCGCAGAGCAGCGUCCCGACACCCUCGCGGGAACGCAGCGAUCGUGAUCGAGAAAGGGACCGCAGCAGCCACAACAGCGACAGCCGCGACAGCCGCAACGGCGAUGAAAGCAGGCGGGACAAAGAGGACAGAAGGAGCGACAGGGACAGAGGAGACGAUAGCUUCGCUGUACCCGAGCCGCCAAAACGUAGAAAGAGUAGGUGGGACAACUAAUGGUGAAAACAUUGCAGAUAAAUGCAGCUACUGUACAAAACCCAUCAAGACCGCUUUGUCCGCAGCAUCCAGCAAUAGUAUGGAGCCCCAGGCAUGACCUGGGGAGGGGAAAAAUUUAAUUGUGGCCACUAUACAGCUCUGAAAAAAAAUGGACCCCCUCUCCCCCAAUAAAAUAAAACACUGGGUUUUUCCUUAGUAUUCACAAAUUUUCAUCUGGAAUGAAUGUGCUGAAUAACAGUGCUUGUGUUUGGAAUACAGUAGUGUGAGUGCUUUACAGAAUGAAACAAAAAUUCUCAUAUCCCUAUUAGAUAGCAAAAUCAGAGAAUUGAACCUUUUGUCUGCACGUUAUAUCUAUAUUGUUCCCAGAAUGAUUCCCCCCCAUGCCCUGUUUUGGGGCUCCUUCCAUACAUUUUAUUCACAUCAGUUCAUGUUGUGCCCCCCUACCCCCCUUACAACUGGACUGCUGGUGUGUGCUUCAUUUCUUUAGAAAACAAUGCAAACUUUUUGGUUGUUAAUAAUACAAAAAAAAGUGCUCUGUGAUAAUGUCGAACAUGCUUGUUAUUUUUCUUCUAUUUGAGUUGUAGUGAAGAAGUGCCUUCCCCUGGCAUGAAUCUCUUCUGUAUGCUCUAGACUGCUUUUUCUCGUGUUCAUUAAUUCAUUCAUACAAAAAUGUUUUAUUAAAGACUUUUGAACGCAUA